UGGACUGAUUUAACGCCACUUACGAGAAAGCGCCGUGUUGAGCAGCGGGCAAAUCCGGGAAAGGGAGGCUCCGGUCCGUCGUCUUCGCCUCCAUCCAAAAGUAAGCGCCUAAGUCUUUCCAAGAAAUGCUCCCACCGGUGGGAGUUCUUAGACGAAUGCGCCGAAGGAGCGCUCGCGAAGAUGUCGUGCUAUUUGUACACAGUACUGACUAAAAUUCCACACCAGUUAUUGACACCUGCAACAUCGCCCUAGCCACAAGGAAUUCUAUUGUCCUUUCCAAUCAACACCAGUUAUUGACACCUGCAA